UCCAUGGAAAACGCUACAGAGGUGACUGAGUUCGUUCUUGUUGGUUUAUCUGAUGACCCGGAACUGCAGAUCCCACUUUUCAUCAUCUUCUCUCUCAUCUACCUCAUCACUCUGGUUGGGAACCUGGGGAUGAUUGCAUUGAUCCUGCUGGACUCUCGUCUCCACACUCCCAUGUACUUUUUCCUCAGUCACCUCUCUCUGGUGGACUUUGGUUAUUCCUCAGCUGUCACUCCCAAAGUAAUGGCAGGAUUCCUCACAGGAGACAAGAUCGUCUCCUACAAUGCUUGUGUCACCCAAUUCUUCUUCUUUGUAGCCUUUAUCACUGUAGAAAGUUUCCUUUUGGCCGCAAUGGCUUAUGACCGCUACGCAGCAGUGUCUAACCCCCUGCAUUACACCACCACCAUGACAACUAAUGUGUGUGCACGUCUGGUCAUUGGCUGCUACUUCUGUGGUUUCCUGAAUGCCUCCAUCCACACUGGGAACAUUUUCAGGCUCUCCUUCUGUAGGUCCAGUGUGGUUCAUCACUUCUUCUGCGAUGCUCCUCCUCUCCUGGCUCUCUCAUGCUCAGAUAACCACAUUAGUGAGAUGGUUAUUGUCUUUGUGGUGGGUUUCAAUGCCCUUUUUGCUAUCCUGGUCAUCUUGAUCUCUUACCUGUUUAUAUUUGCCACCAUUCUGAAGAUGUGCUCAUCUGAAGGACGCCAGAAGGCCUUUUCCACCUGUGCUUCCCACCUCACUGCCGUCUCCAUCUUCUAUGGGACAGUCAUCUUUAUGUACAUGCAGCCCAGCUCCAGCCAUUCCAUAGACACAGACAAAGCGGCCUCUGUGUUCUAUACUAUGGUCAUCCCCAUGCUGAACCCAUUGGUCUACAGCCUGAGGAACAAAGAGGUCAAGAGUGCCUUUAAAAAGGCUGCAGGGAAGGCAAAGACUUCUAUAGGAUUUGUAUUUUAA